CAAAAUCUUCAAAGACCCUAUUAAUUAAAUUUCUAAACCAGCUUUCUUUACACAUCUAUAUAUACAUAUGUAACAAUUUCAACAUUACAUAAUCCUUAGCAUUUUACAUAAUCUGAUUCAAAUGGACUCAAGUAAAGAAGUUGAGGAAUCAUCAACAGUUCCAAUCCUAGAAUCAAAGAGGACAAGAAGCAAUGGCAAAGGGAAAUCCAUUGAUGGAGAUUAUCAUGCUCCUCCACCUGUUGCAAUUGUUUCCACAAAAGCUAUUCCACAUCCCAAAAGUGGAAUGAAAAAGGGAAUUGCAAUCUUAGACUUCAUUCUUAGACUUGGUGCCAUUGGCUCUACUCUUGGUGCUGCUGCUGUUAUGGGGAAUAAUGAACAGAUACUUCCAUUCUUCACUCAGUUUCUUCAGUUUCAUGCUCAAUGGACUGAUUUUCCAAUGUUUCAGUUUUUUGUGGGGGCAAAUGCAAUAGCAGGUGGACUUAUGGUCCUCUUCUUACCAUUCUCAAUUGUCUGCAUUGUUAUACCUCUUGCACUUAAGCCACGGUUUAUACUUGUCAUCAUGGACUUACUGUUGAUGGCCUUAGUUGUUGUAGCUGCUUCAUCUGCUUCAGCUGUUGUGUACUUAACACACAAUGGGAGUCAAGAUGCUAAUUGGAAUGCCGUGUGUCAGCAGUACACUGAUUUCUGUCAGGUUUCCAGUAUGGCUGUGGUUGUUUCUUUUGUUGCUGCGCUUUUCUUGGCUUGUUUGGUUGUGGUUUCUUCUGUAGCUCUCAAAAGGACAUAAAAAGUUAUGAUAUUGAACUUUGAUGGUUGAUGAAAAGUUAAUUAAUUACUCUUUUUAAUUAUGAGUGUUGUAAACUUGUUUCAGUUUGUGGUUUGUAAUUGAUGUUUAUAAUAUUGAGAAAUUGAAAAAUCAUGUUCAAGGUUUGUUUUG